CGGGCAUAAUUCAGCAGCAGAUAAAAGUAUAAAUAUGAACAGGUCACGCCUAAAAGUUGGUCAGUUCCCAGAUAGACUGCACGUAGCAUCAUAUUAGUUAAAAAUGUUUAGGAUGCUGCUAUAUCUUAUUUUCGGUGUAAUAUUUUUAGCUUCUGGCUUGUCGGCUCAAACGUGUGUCCCUGAUGCGGAACGAGUCGAUUGUCACCCAGACCCAAAUGCCUCCACGGAACGGUGUCUCGCGAGAGGCUGUCUUCAUUGCCCACCCGACGUGCCAGACCAAAACGUUCCGACCUGCUACUUUCCGAAAGACUAUGGGUAUUCCAUGGUAGGUGAACCGGUAGAUACGGGAAAUGGUGUCAGAGUCGAGCUUGUUCGCACUACAACAAGCACAUUAUUUGGGGGCGAUUCCAUGAAUCUUACUCUUGAAGCUGAUUUUCAAUCCGACUACAGACUUCGAAUCAAGAUUACCGAUGGCACUCCACGAUGGGAAGUUCCGCUUCAGAUUGAUCCUCCAACAGGCGGAAAUGAAAAUAGACGCUAUGAAGUCAUUUUUACCAAUGUCCCCGUUUUCUCCUUUAAGAUCUUGAGAAGACCGACAGGCACAACCAUAUUUGACAGCUCCCUGGGUGGCUUUACAUUUUCUGAUCAGUUUCUACAAUUAGCGUUCAAAUUGCCAAGUCGAAAUGUGUAUGGCAUUGGAGAAAAUGAGCAACACAGUUUUAGACACUCAUUCGAUAAAUUUCCACGCUGGGUGCUGUGGGCACGAGACGCUGCUCCAUCAGGAGAUGUAAAUCUUUAUGGGGUUCAGCCACAUUACACUGUUUUGGAGGAAGAUGGGAACGCUCAUGCUGUAGCAAUUGUCAACAGCAAUGCACAAGAGUUCGUUAUGCAUCCCAAUCCUGGAAUUGUUUAUCGUACAAUUGGAGGCAUUUUCGAUAUGUAUUUCUUUCUUGGACCGACACCUGAGAGUGUAGCACAGCAAUACAGCGAGGCAGUUGGACGAUUUCCACUACCACCUUACUGGUCACUGGGUUUCCAACUUUGCAGAUUUGGAUAUGAUCACAUUGACAAUAUGAGAGCAGUUGUUGAUCGAAUGAUUGCGUCAGAAAUUCCUUAUGACGUUCAAUACGGCGAUAUUGAUAUUAUGGAUAGACGGCUGGAUUUCACGAUCGACCCCAUAAAUUUUGCUGGGCUUGGAGCCUAUGUCCAAGAACUGAAAACACAAGGAAUACGAUUCAUGACCAUUUUGGAUCCCGGAAUUUCUAUUGGCGAACCUAACGGUACAUAUCCACCCUUUGAACUGGGUCAAGAAAUGGAAGUUUGGAUUACAAAACAAGAUGAUACGCCUGCUCAAGGUCGUGUGUGGCCGCCUGACGAUGUGUACUUUGCCGACUUUUCUAAAAAUUCAACUAGGGAAUGGUGGAAAUUAUUAAUAAAAAAGUUUCACGAUGAAGAGCUGGAAUUUGCUGCUCUUUGGAUUGACAUGAAUGAACCUGCAAAUUUUGUCCACGGAGACAUAAAUGAUGGCGGAUGCGUUACAACUUCAAUAAAUGAUCCACCAUACCUUCCCCGUGUCCGAGGAGAUUCUCUUUACAGUAACACAUUAUGUCCCGAUCACAAAGAUUCAAUGGGGAUCCACUACAAUACGCACUCACUAUAUGGCUGGAGUCAAUCAGAACCCACCUUUAUAGCUAAUAAUGAAGCUGUGGGAACUCGAUCAUUUGCCCUAUCACGCUCCACGUUUUUAGGAUCGGGACGAUGGAUAACACAUUGGCUGGGAGACAAUCAUAGUAACUGGGAUAACUUGCUCUAUUCCAUAAUUGGGAUGCUGCAAUUUAAUCUGUUUGGAAUUCCGUUUGUUGGGCCGGACAUUUGCGGACAUAACAACAACGCCACUGCUGAAAUGUGCGGAAGAUGGAUGCAAUUGGGGGCAUUUUAUCCUUUUUCUAGAAACCAUAAUGGUUAUGGACACAUUGAUCAAGACCCUGCCGCAUUCGAUGGCGCUAUUAUUGAAAUUUCCAAAUCCGCAUUAAACACCAGAUAUCGACUUCUCCCCUACUUGUACACACUUCUCGCCAUGCACUACAUGAACGGAAACACUGUGGCCAGAGCCCUUUGGCACGAGUUUCCUCAGGACCCUGAAACUCGUGGAAUUGAUCGACAAUUCAUGUGGGGAUAUGGUCUCGUUAUAAGUCCCGUAAUUGACGAAGGUGCGACCAAUGUCACUGCCUACUUCCCAGAUGCUCGAUUUUAUGACUACUACACGGGCGGAGAAGUGGCUGUCCGAAAAGGCUACGUUGAACUCGAUGCUCCAUUUACACACAUUCCGCUUCACAUUCGGGGUGGGGGUGUCCUUCCGGUCCAGGCAUCAGCAGUCAAUACGGACCUUGCGAGACGGAAUCCGUUGGGCUUGAUUGCUGCAUUAGACGACAGGGGAGAAGCUAGAGGAAACUUUUACUAUGACGCCGGAGACAGUCUUGAACCGAUUGCGUCUGGGACAUACUUUUUGGCGGAUAUUGCUGUCAACCAACCUGGUGUGCUCACAUAUGUGGUCAGGACCAAUGGAUAUGUUGAAAUGAACCAACAGGUCAUGGGAAAUAUUACCGUUAUGGGAGGCGUGGCCGUGACUAGCGUUACAGUCAAUGGAAGUCCACAUGCUGAAUUUUCAUUUUCUCCAGUGACAAACCAACUUGAUAUUUACGAGCUGGGUUUAGUCGCAAAUCUAAAUUUUACUGUAGAAUGGGUUUAAUUAAUAAUCCAGAAUAGAUUAUUGAUUGUUUGAGACGUUACAUUGUGCAUGACAAAUUAGUUUGUCAAUAAAAUGUUAAUAAAAUUAUUGAAACAAUAAGUUAA